GCGCCGAGAGAAACCCCGCGGCGCGGAUCAGCUGCUUGUUGACAAAUGGGAGGAGGAAGGCGACUUGCGACUCGGAUUCCUGUUGAGCAAUUCUACCUUGCCUUUAAACCGAUUCCAUAGCCGUUCAUAAUGUCGUCUGAGAUUAACUUGCUGCUAGAGAAGGCAACAAGCCCAUUACUUCUAGACAUCGACUGGGACUCGACGUUGCAUAUUGUUGAUCUGAUACGCCAAGGAGAUGUAAACCCCAAGGCAGCUGUUCAGUCGUUGCUGAAUCGCCUGAAAGAUACAAACCCAAAUGUUGUCCUGCUGGCACUGCAGGUCUUUGAGUCUGUUGUGAAGAAUUGCGGGCAGUCCGUGCAUGAGCAGGUGGCAUGUCGAGGAGCUAUGGAGCAGAUUAGUGAUAUUUUGCGCUCUAAUCCAAAUGAAGAAGUACGAAAGAAGAUCCUUAUGAUGCUGGCCACUUGGGUUUAUGCUUUCCGGAAUGAGCCCAAGUAUCGUGCUGUCCAGGAUACAGUGAACAUUCUGAGAACAGAAGGUUUCCACCUGCCGACUGUGAGUGAGAGUGAUGCUAUGUUCACAGCCGACCGAGCACCAGAUUGGGCCGAUGGUGAAUGCUGUCACCGAUGUAGGUCACAGUUUACCAUUAUAAGACGAAAGCACCAUUGCCGUGCUUGCGGGCAAGUCUUUUGUGGGGAUUGCUCAAGCAAGUUUUCUACGAUCCCAAAGUUCGGCAUUGAGCGUGAAGUUCGUGUUUGUGAGUCCUGUUAUGAUGACAUCAACAAAUCAACAGUUCUGGACCCAGUGCCCUGGGGCCAAGAGACCAGACCAGCAGAAAGUCCUCAGCGCCCACCAACCAACGCCAGUAAAGUGGAGAGUGAAGAAGCCAGUAGUCCCAAAGCUGCUAAGACACCUGGCAAGAAGAGUGAGGAAGAGCUCAAGGAAGAAGAGGAGCUUCAGCUGGCUCUAGCGCUGUCGAAGUCCGAGGCCGAAAAUAAAGAGAAGGAGAAAUUGAGAGCAACAUCCAACUUGCUCGGUGGAACUUGGCGCCAGGCCUCGCCGACCCCAGCUCAGACCUCUAUCCAGCCAUCCCAAGAUAAAGAAGAUAUGGACCCAGAGCUUGCAAGAUACUUGGACCGUUCCUACUGGGAACAGCAGUCGCAACAAAAGCAAACUUUUCAACAAAAGCAGGACCAAGGAGUGAGUGAUUUGGGUAGCACUCUGUCACCCACUCAACCAUCAGCACCCAUUAAUGCCACCAAGUCCUCACUCUCUCCAACCAAAUUCUCUCAAAUUAAGAUGACAGAAAAUUACCAGAAUGGAGAGACAGAGGAAGUGGAUGAGUUUGUGACAACUCUCCGUACGCAGUUAGAAAUAUUUGUGAAUCGCAUGAAGAGCAAUCAGUGUCGAGGACGUCCCAUUGCUAAUGAUUCAUCUGUUCAAACUCUGUUCAUGAACAUCACAGCAAUGCAUGCUCAACUCUUGAAAUACAUUCAUCAGCAAGAUGACAAGAGAGUAAACUGUGAACGUCUUCAAGACAAAAUUUCCCAGGUGAGGGACGCCCGAGCUGCCCUUGAAGCUCUGAGGGAAGAACAUCGUGAACGGGUGAGACGAGAGAAGGAGGAACAAGAGCGUUUGAGGCAAGUUCAGAUGAUGCAGAAGCUAGAAAUCAUGAGGAAGAAGAAGCAGGAAUAUUUAGAGUAUCAGCGGCAGCUUGCGCUUCAUCGAAUGGCAGAGAGUGAAAGGGAGAUGUUCAACAAGGGUUCUGUGAUGGGGCCACCCCCCACGGCCAUGUACCCAAUGGGUUACCCUGCAUACCCUGGUGUGCCUGGGCCCAUGCCGAGCCAGCCACCAUUACCAGGGCACAUGUAUCAAGGUCAACCUGAGUCAGGACCUCCCCAGGGAGGUGUACCACAAGGUGGAAUGCCUCAGACUGGAGUCCCACCAGGUGGUGUGCCACAAGGGGGUGCUCCACCAAACUCAAUGUCAUAUCCUGGAGGACCAGGACAAGGCCAGUACCAGCACCCUCCUCCGGGUGGCCACCCAGGUCCAGUGAUGGGAGGGGGUCAGGCUGGGCCUCCACCUGUGACUCAGCCAGGAUACCAACAACCGCCACAUGAAUUUUCCCCGUAUAACAUGCAGGGAAUGGCAAACAGUCUGCCAAAUAUUAGUGGUGGGAUGCCAGGCUACCCACCCCAACAGCAACCUGGGCCGGGCAUGGCUCCUCCGCAAAUUGCCCCUCAGCAUCCCAUUGCUGGGCCAGGACAGCAGCCGCAGGGCGUGAUGCCCAUGCAAGGUGAUAUGAGUGGAGGAGCACCACAGAUUCCUCCUCAAGCCCAGCCUCCCCCAGCAACACAGGAGCAGCAGGCUGAGCUCAUCUCAUUUGACUGAGAGAAGACUGAGUCUUUUGAUGCUAGAAGAGAUGAUGAUGAAACUGAGUCAGCUUUUUUCAGCUUCUUUUCUCUGAGGUCUUUGUCACACAUUCUUAUACACUUAUAGACCAUCAGUGGAAGAGAUUUCCCUUUUUUAGGAAAGUAAAUAUACUUCAUUUUGAUGUUAGUAAUUAAAAAGGAAACAAAGCAAAUAAACUGGUCUUACUGAAAUCAUAAGUAUUCUGUUAAAUUCCUGAAAUAUUUGGCCAGGUGACCAGUUGCAAUUAUUUUUGGUUUUCAUUCAGUUCUUUUCGUUUGUUUAAUUUGGUGUAAUUAUUUUUAUUUUUUAUUAGUCAUUCAUGAUUCUAAU